CAACUCACCACUCCUGACACCAUGAGCCACUAUGGCAGCUACUAUGGAGGCCUGGGCUAUGGCCUUGGAGGCUUCGGUGGCCUGGGCUAUGGCUAUGGCUGUGGCUGUGGCAGCUUCCGCAGACUGGGCUAUGGCUGUGGCUAUGGAGACUAUGGAUAUGGCUCUGGCUAUGGAGACUAUGGAUAUGGCUCUGGCUUUGGAGGCUUUGGAUAUGGGUGUGGCCGUCCGUCAUGCUAUGGAGGAUAUGGAUUCUCUUGCUUCUAUUGAAAUCCUGCUCUAGUAAUUCAACAUCUGCUAUUAUGAGGGGAC